AUGUUAUACGCAUCGUUUGACGGCCUCGUCUCGCGGGCACGGGAGCUACGACUCCGCUCGCUACGGCCGCGUCUGUCUGAAGGCCGCAGCGUCACCUCCUCCAAAUCGGGCACUCCAAUGAGGACGAGAGCGAGGGGCACGUCAAGGUCGAACAACUCGCCUCCUGACGAGGGGGGAGGUCUUUAUUUCACCCAGUCUCCGUGGCCUCGUAGGGCUCCCACCGAAGUCCUCAGGGCUCUCCUCUGUCCGCACAGGUCAACCGUCUCCCUCCGAGCUGUGGUCUCCACCGGGCACAAACGCGGGUUUGGUGAGAGCAGCGAACAGCCGGCUCGGGGGCAGGCAGGGCAGCGGGGAACGAGCUCACUCCACCUCCCUUCGUGGGGUCCGUCUUCGGGACGCCCGCCCGGCAGUGGGCGACGCGGCGCAGCCCUACGCUGUACCUUGGAGGAGACGAGACAGAAGGGAGAGUCCGCAGGCUCUGCCCCGCUCUGCCGCCGAGCAUCACCAGGUCGCGCAGGCAUCCAGCCAUCUACUUGCUGCCACCGGCAUAAAUCACACAAACGCGACAGAACUGAACCUGCGCUGGAGCCGAACGUGCAGAUCGCGAGUCCUUUGUCAUCUCCUCAGCCAGACCCUAAAAUAGCAACUUCAGAGCUCUGCCCUCGUUUGAAGCCUAACGGCGCGGCGCCGGGCCCAGAGCGGGCUGACGAGUCUGACGCAGCCGCCGCUGAAGCACUCCUCUUCCCACGCGCCCGCCUCGGCACUUCCGGCGCCGUCUUGGGCACUUCCGGCACCGUCUUGGGCACUUCCGGAGCCCUCUGGACUCCUGCGAGCGCGGCUGACUGAAGCUGCGCAGACGCCGCCUCGGCCCCCUCCUUGGCGCCUGGCCUGAGUUCGCUUUGCAGUUGGGGAAACGAGGCUUGGAACAGGCAUUUUCCCACCUGCACCUGAAAUUCUCUGAAACAUAUAGACACCCAGGGGCCUGAGAUCACAGAGACUGCCAUCUUCGAUGUAUGAUUUCUGAGGUCACCACAGACUUUAAUACCUGGCUGGUAAAUGAAGAAGAGGAAAGUGGAAGAAAGCAAGGAGGAAUUCCAUAUGCCAAGCCUGCUGUGUAAUAUAUCACUUCCAUGCAUGUUCUGCUGGCCAAAACUAGAUAUGUGAUCUUACCUAUAUUCAUGCGGGGCUGGUAGCAUCCUCCCCAGUUGGGCAUCAGCGUGUUGAUGGUGAAGACUACAACAAUAGGAAGGCAGAAGGUUCUUGAGAAACAGGCCAGCUGGCAACCUUGAAACCAGUUAAAACUCGAUGGGGAAAACAAACCUUUCCCCGUCCCAUGGGAUGUCUGAAAUUCUUACAGAGAUCUUGGUGAAUUCUCAGGGUUUUAAAUUCUCAAGAUGACUUCUGCCUUUGGACUCCCAUUUCUGUACUCCCAAUGCUGUCUGCAUUCUGCAGUGGGUCAGUGUACAGGCAAAAGGCAGCCCCUUUCCCAUUUUGGAUGACACUGUGCAUGUGUGCACACGCGCCCACACAUGCUUGACUCACGUAAAGUACAUGUGAAUAUGGUAGAUCCUGCUAAAACUAUCUAGGUCGUGGGGAUUUAUGCAGCACCUUGCAAUUCGCACAGCCAACAACUUCCCAUCUAUGUUAGUUCUGGCUUUGAGGCUUUCUCAUGUUCUGUGUGAUUCCCAGAAAUAUUUAGCUUCCUGAUGCCUUACUGGCUGACUGAUCUUUCCCUUUCCUUUUGCUUGCUUUACUCCUCUUCUUUCCCCCAACCCAGGAGUAAAAUUCCAAAUUCCUCUGUUUGCCUCAUAGAGGGCACGUUGGUUCACUUGGGCCCCUACUUCCAGCCUCUAGCAGUUGGUCAGAGCUUUACUGCAAUGAACACUGGGAGGCAGGGAUCUUCUGAGCUACCUCAGAAGCUGUCUACAGCAGUGAGUAAGAUGUAAAUCUUUGUUAUGUGGAGCCACUGCGAUUCCAGGUGUUAUCAGUUAUACCAGCUGGCAUUACCUUACGUAACACAGGGCAGAAGUGAGACAGAUGGUUCUAGUAAAGUGAGGUCAGAGGAGGCCAGGUCAUGCAUCGCUUUCUAUGGACUGAUAAGAAACUGGCGUUUAUUCUGAGUGCAAUGGGGGGUCAUUGGAUUUAAGCAUGAGAAAAAAGAAAUGGAGUUUUGUUUCUUGCUACUGUUUAUAAAUGUCCUGGAAGGAAACAAGAGUAGAAGCAGAGAGACCCAUCAGGAAGCUGUUGUCAUCUUACAUUGUGUUGGCUCAGAAAGAAAUGACGAUGGGAUGGCUAAUUUUAUAUGUCAGCUUGGCUGGCCACGGUGCCUAGAUGUGUACUCAAACAUCAGUCUGUAUGUUUAUGUGAGGGUGUUUUGGAUGAGAUGAACAUUUAAAUCAGUGGACUUUGAGUAAAGCAGAUUGCCCUCCAUAAUGUGGGUAGGCCUCAUCCAAUCAGCUGAAAGCCUGACAUCCCCUGAGCCAGAGCGAAUUCUGCAGCAGACAGCCUUUGGACUCGGGCUGCAAUGUGUGCUCUCUCUGCUGGGCCUGUAGCCUGCCAGCCCACCCUGCGGA